AUCAACACAAUUGAACCCCACAUCGAUUGAUAAUUCACCAUGUCUUCCUCAUACUCCGUGGAUAAGAUCAAUCCUAAGUUAUUAAGAAGGAUCUAUCGUGCAUGCAGACCCACCAACGAUGAACCUAAUCUUGCGUUAAACCUUGAAAUCUGUGAUUACGUCAAUGCCAAAAAAGGAUCAGCUCCUCGUGAAGCCGCCAUCACCAUCGUUAAAUUGAUUUCUCAAAGAGAUCCACAGACUUCAGAAUUGGCAUUGGCCUUGUUGGAUAACUUGGUCAAGAAUUGUGGAUAUCCUUUCCAAUUACAAAUCUCCCGUAAAGAAUUCCUUAACGAGUUAGUAAAAAGAUUCCCUGAAAGACCUCCGUUGAGAUAUACUCGUGUUCACCGGUUGAUCUUGGCCCAGAUUGAGGAAUGGUACCAGACCAUUUGUCGUACUUCGAAAUACAAAGAUGAUUUUGGAUACAUCAAGGAUAUGCACAGAUUGUUGGCCAAUAAGGGAUAUGUAUUCCCUGAAGUUAAAGUUGAAGAUGUUGCUGUGUUGAACCCUUCUGAUAAUUUGAAAUCCUUGGAAGAAAUUCAACAAGAAGAGGAAAUUGUUCAUUCAGCUAAGUUACAAGAAUUGAUUAGAAGAGGUAGACCCCAUGAUUUACAAGAAGCUAAUAAAUUGAUGAAGAUAAUGGCUGGUUUUAAAGAUGAUAAUGUUAAAGAAAACAAGAAGCAAUUACACGACGAUAUUGCCAGAUUGACUAGAAAAGUUGAAAUUCUUGGUGAAAUGUUGACUUCAAUUGAAAACUCCGGAGGUAAGAUUGAUCCUGAUUCCAAUGAAGCCAUUAUGGAAUUAUACAGUUCUAUUAAAUCUUCUCAACCAAAUAUCAACAAGAUUAUUGAAGAAGAAAGAGAUACUGAAAGUGAAGAGCAAGUUAAUGAGUUAUUGCAAUUGAAUGACAGAGUCAAUAAUGUGGUCAAUAAGUUCCAAUUGUUGAGAACUGGUAACGUUAGUGAAGCAAGUCAAAUCAAAAUUGGAUCUACUAAUGCUGUUCCAGAAAUUAACUUGAUUGAUUUCGAUGACGAUCCUGAAGAUACUACUGUCAACAAUGAUCAAGGUUAUAGUGACUUAUUAAGUGAUUUAUCCAACUUGGCAUUCACUGACAACAAAACCAGUUCUUCUAAUGUUAACCCACUCAAUUUGUAUGGAGCCGGUGGUUCAAUUGCCUUGGGCAACUUUUCUGAAGUUCCAAGUACAAGUGCAACUCCAUUACAACAACCGGUUGCCACUAAAGGACCAGCUCCUUCCAAUACUGUUGACUUGUUAGGAGAAUUCAAUACUCCAUCGCCUCAAUUACAAUCGAACACCUCAUUAGAUCCAUUUGGAUUAAAUUUCCCUCAAACUACUCCAAGCCAAGUUCAAACCCAAGUAGGAGGAGGCGCUGCUGCUGCUGCUGCUGCUGCUGCUGGGCAAGUUGGAUAUUCCAACAUGAUUUUAAUUAACCAAUCUACUAACUUGAAGAUUGAAGUUGGUGUUUUAUCUCAAGGUAAUCCGUUCAAGGGAAGAGUCUUGUUUAGUAAUUUACAAAGUCCAACUAUUUCUCAAUUGAAGUUCUUGAUUGCUGUUCCUAAGGGUUGUAUAUUAGAUUUAAAGCCACAAUCCGGUGAUAGUAUAUUUGGAUUCAACCACCAUGGUACUACUCAAGACUUUGGGAUUGAAAACCCUCAACUGAAGCAAUUAAAGAUCAAAUGGAAAGUAGAAUAUCUUGUUAAUGGCGAACAUAAAGAAGAUACCGGAGUUGCCGUGUUAGAAUAAUUUGUUUAUAAAUAUUACAAUUGAAUCUAGUCAAACUUGUAGUCUACACUUGCGCUUACAAAUAAUAACACAAUAUAUU